ACUGUUGCUGUGGUGACGGCUGGGUCAGAGCUUUAACCAUUGCUAGUUCUCACAGCUGACUGAGGGCUUUCAGAGGGGGAAUGGCAGAAAUAUUUAAAAAAUCCUUUAGUUCACAAGCUCUGAAGUCGAAUAUGGAAACUGCUAGCUCCAGAAAUUUGGAAUCUUUUUUACUUAUUGAAACGGAGUACAUAAAGAAUCUUCAGAAACAAGUCUAUCUCCUAGAACUGGAGGUAUCAUUCUUAAGGAAACAGGCAAGAAAAGCUACAAGCAACCAGCCAAGACUGACUGCCGAAGCUGACCAGAUGAUUACAGAAAUGAAAAGCUUGCAGUCUCAGAUAAACAUCAUGCAGGUGGAACUGAGUAUGAAAGAGACCAGUAUGUGCGCUGUGAGGGGAGAGGUGGAGGCUCUACGCAGACACCUGCAGGAUGUCUCAGAUUCCAAUAUUCGUGAAAAGAGGGUCUUGGUGGAGGAUGUGAUACAGCUGAAGAAGUUGGCAGAUGUUUCUACACAAGAUCUGGCACAUAAAGAGGAGGAACAGAAGACCAUUCUUCCAGAAUUGCACAGUACCAUGCACAGGAUAAAGGAGAAAGACCGAGACCUCCUCCUCCUGCAGAAACAACUCCAGGCACAAAAGACGCAGCAUGAAGCUGUGGAGGCACAACUGGCAGAGAAGCGGUCGGAAUGCCUAACUAUACAAGCCGCAACACAUCAGCUAGAGGAACAGUACGUCGCCACUGCACAGUCUGUUCAGGAGCGGAUUGUUACCGAGCUCCGCAAAGAGGCAGAAAAGUUGAGAUAUCAGCUGAAAGAGAAGCAGAUGGCAGCUGAUGAAGAUAAGUAUUUGAGGAACAAACUGGCAGAAGACAGUGGCCGACUUACCAAAACCAAUGGACACCUGCAGAGCCGUGUACUGGAAGCCACCAAACAACUGAACGAGGAGCAGCAGCUGAGAGAAAAGGAGAGUUUAAAUCGAGCAAAAAGAGUUUCUGAGCUAACAUUGGGGUCAGAAAACAAGCGACACCUAGAACUGACAUUGUCGCACUGGAGAAGACUUGUGCAGGAUGAAAAGGAGAAGGUUGCUGCAGCACAGGAACAGGUGCUGCAGUUACAGCAAGGCAGGAAAUCAGUGGAGAUGAGUGGAAGUUCACUGCACAAGCAGUUGACAGAUUUACAGAACAAACACUCCAAGGUUCAUCAGGAAAACUCCCUCUUGCGUGUAGAGAAGAACCAUUUGGUUGAACACAUCUCUCAGCUGCAUAAGCAGAUUGCAGAGAAGAAUGAUGAAAUCCGGCGCAUGCAGGGUCAUGUGGACAGCUUGUGCUGCGAUAUGGAUAGCCUGAAGCUUUGCAGAGAUCUGGGCGACUCUACUGAGGAUGGAACCUGGCAGCGGCUCUCUGGAAUCACACACAAUGUAUAUAAACUUGCAGCAGAUAUGACCCUGGAUUAGUCACUCCAGUGCACUUCUGAAACAUGCUUUCUUUUCUGACUACUAUACAAGUGAUGCCUGGAAUGCGAUUGAAGGGUUUUUAGGAGAGCCAAAUGUGUAACAUUUUUCUAAUUAAUAUUUUACAGGACAUGUUAUUUUUUCGUAGCUAUGUGCCAUUUUACAAACAGAUGAAACUAUGUUGUUGAAUAGUAAUCAUUGCUGCAUGUACGAGAAAGUCUGGCUGCAUAAAAGUUAAAGAUACACCAAAUUCAUCCUUUAGGACCAGGGGCGUAGCCAGAACUUUGUGGGCCCCAUAGCGACAUUUUGAAAGGACCCUGGCCCAAUGCUUCUAGAGAAACACCUCUCCGCAGCAAUUGUUCAUUUUAUUACAGUAUAUCCUUUAACAAAAGAUCCCAGUGAAUAAUGAAUCAUAACUGUAGUUUUAUGUACACGUGAAAAAGGAACGGUCGUAGUUACAGCAACAGACCUUUGCAACCACCCGGCCCCGCUCCCGAUCAGCCAAGUGCUGUGUCCCCAGCCUGACCCAAUGUGAGCUCCCUGCAAGCCCCGUACAUACUGUGCUAGAAACAGCUCAGUGUGUAUGGGAUUCUAUGGGACUGAGAGGUUGGGCCAGCAAAUAUUAAACAGCUCAUAUGCGGCGUCCUGAUCCUGGCGUUGUAGGAGCAUUUUAAGCUGUUUAUCGGUUAACACUCCUGCAACGGACUUACAUACAGGUGUAUACAAUCGCUGGCCCAUUCACCACAAACCGGAUUGUAUAGGUGUGUACCCAGCUUUACUUAAAACCCACACGGUAUUGCUGAGUCUUGAGGUGAAAACGCUACACAGUACAUCCCUAAUAAUGUCAUGUCAGCUAUUCUAGAUGGUGCUCUACAGGCCAAAUACAGGCCACAUGUUCAUUCCGUCCUUCAUUAAAGUCAUUCCGGUGUGUAUGGGGAAUCCGGGCUGACGGGGAUUGGUUGUGAUGUUGGUGCAAAUCCCCGUCGCUCCAGUGUGUACCCAGCUUAACAGUGCAACACACUUAAGUCCAUCUUGACCAAUGACAUUGGUGCCAACACGCACAGUGAUUAGUUUGCCAUAGCAGGUGUUGUGGGAUUUGCACUGCACAUGCCCUGAAAGUGGGAGCACGCAUACACAUGAUUGCAGACGCCUUAUGCUUAUAACGUCAUAUAACUAGAGAGGCAGGACAGGGAGGGGAGGACUAACAUAGGUAUAGCUUAGUGAGGGUGCAUACACGUAAAUGCGGCUCAUACAAACCUGCAGUUAUACGCAUAUACCCCUAUCAGAAGGCGUAUCUUUUGCAUGUGCUAUAGUGGUAGAAAUACACGCUAGUAAUGGCGGCAUGUUGGAAACUAGUCACCAAUGAAGUGGCAGCACAUAUGUACAUAUGUGUACAGCUCUGUAUAUGUGCAAAAUGCACUGUUGUACUGCCAACGCUGCAUCAGCCUCGUUGUGUCUGAGCCAUUGGGGUUAACAGGAGUCUCCCAACUUACUGUCCAUAACAGAAUAUCACGUGUGAUCUUUACAAGCUGUUCCCACCCAUUAUAAUAGGGACGUGGCAGCAUGUUAGGACCCGACCUGGGCUUAUCUCACCAUGAUUUCAAAUAAAUAAUGAUUUGUAAAUACACAAAA